AUGCGCCCCGCAGCCCCGGAGCGCAGGGGCGGCGGUCCCGCAGCCGCCCUCGCCGCGCUCCUCACCUCCCCGCUGCGGCCCGCCGGGCUGUGCGCUCUAGUGCCCCGGGCUUGGUGCGCCGCGGCCGCCUCCCCAUUAGAAAUCAUCACCAUCAUCAUUGUCAUCACCAUCAUCAUCAUUUUGCUCAUCAUGGUUAUCAUCAUCGUCACCAUCACCAUCAUUUUGGUCAUCAUGGUUAUCAUCAUCAUCACCAUCAUCAUCAUUAUGGUCAUCAUUAUCAUGAUUAUCAGAGCCAUCUUUGUGAUCAUAGAUGAGCUGCCUUGCCAGGUCGUUAGGGCCAGGUCUCCUCCAUCAGGUGGGACCCGGGUUCCGGGGUCGCCGUGCAAGGGCCACUACGACACCAGAGGGAGUGAACGCGGCCCGUCACCCACCCGAGGCCGCCAUCUCCUCCUCACCCGAGUAGCCGCCAACCUGAGGCCAUCGUCGGCCGCUCGUCCCGGGAGCAGCCGCCACCCCCGGCCGCUCGUCACCCGGGCAGCGCCUGUCUGGGGCCUCUAUUCCCGGCCGCUCGUCCCGGGAGCAGCCGCCACCCCCGGCCGCUCGUCCCGGGAGCAGCCUCCACCCCCGGCCGCUCGUCCCGGGAGCAGCCGCCACCCCCGGCCGCUCGUCCCGGGAGCAGCCGCCACCCCCGGCCGCUCGUCACCCGGGCAGCGCCGGUCUGGGGCCGCGGACGCCACCCAGGCCGCGCCGGCCUCAGCUGGCCAACGUCCUCCGCUCGGACAGGGCACAGAGUCCGGCUCGCUGCCCUCCGUGCGUCCUAGCCGCGAGGCCAGAGCCCCGGCGUCGCCUCUCGGCCGCGAGCGGUCGUGCGCUCGCGGAACCGGCCGGGGACGCGCAGGGUCUCGGGUCUCCAGCCGGAACCUCCCAAAGGCGGGGAGAUCGGGGCCGCCCCGCGAGGAGCGCGCGGCCGCGAGGGGCGCUCGGCCGGCCGGGUGGCGCGGGGCGGCGGCGGCGGGGGAGGGGACAGAGGCGGGGCCGGGGCGGGUUGUUGUGGGGCGACUGCGCUACGGCCCGACCGGGGCGGUGAUGGCGGCUCCAUAUUAA